UUACGCAAAAAGAAUUUUUUUUUUCUUUUUUUUUCAGCUCCCAACGUUCUUUUCUUUUCAGAAAAGGAUCAAGCAGUCUUCAGAUAUAAUUUUUACGCACAUUACUUCCAUCAAUUUCGGUGAUCUGAACGCUGCUGCUCAGCUGAACCGGAUUUAUGUCUCAAGUUCAGUAACUUAAAUUUAUAUUGAUAUGAGGUGAGUUAAAUUUUGGUAUUUAGAGCGAGGAAUGGCUAAUGAUUGAUUUUGGUGGAUGCAUAGAAAAUUAAUGGACAAUUUGACGCGUGAUGAGUAGAUAUUGAGAUAUUGAAUCAAAGAGUAGGAGUGUGAAGAUGAGCGAAGGCCAGCGAUUCCAGCUGGGGACGGUCGGGGCACUGAGUCUAUCUGUGGUUUCCUCGGUGUCGAUUGUGAUUUGCAACAAGGCUCUCAUUAGCACUCUUGGCUUCACUUUUGCUACAACUUUGACAAGCUGGCAUCUUCUUGUCACAUUUUGUUCUCUUCAUGUGGCCUUAUGGAUGAAAUUAUUUGAGCACAAACCUUUUGAUUCAAGAGCUGUCAUGGGAUUUGGAGUACUGAAUGGAACAUCCAUUGGACUUCUAAAUCUUAGCCUGGGUUUCAAUUCUGUUGGAUUCUAUCAGAUGACUAAACUAGCAAUUAUUCCCUGCACGGUUCUUUUAGAGACUCUUUUCUUCUGGAAAAAAUUCAGUAGGAAUGUCCAGCUUUCACUUACUGUUCUUCUCUUGGGUGUUGGAAUUGCAACAAUUACUGAUCUGCAGCUCAAUGUCCUGGGUUCCGUAUUGUCUCUUCUUGCUGUUGUUACAACUUGUGUUGCACAAAUUAUGACAAAUACCAUCCAGAAGAAGUUCAAGGUUUCUUCAACCCAACUCCUGUAUCAAUCUUGCCCAUAUCAGGCAAUCACUCUGUUUGUAGCUGGUCCAUUUUUAGAUGGGCUUUUGACGAAUCAGAAUGUAUUUGCUUUCAACUAUACCCCUCAAGUGCUGGCGUUUAUUGUCCUUUCCUGCCUAAUAUCAGUUUCUGUAAACUUCAGCACCUUUUUGGUUAUUGGAAAAACGUCACCCGUCACUUAUCAGGUCCUAGGGCAUCUAAAAACAUGCCUUGUAUUGGCCUUCGGCUAUGUUCUUCUACAUGACCCCUUUAGCUGGCGGAAUAUUUUAGGGAUCUUGGUCGCUGUAGUCGGGAUGAUACUGUAUUCUUAUUACUGCACUAUCGAGAGCCAGCAAAAGACUGUUGCUGAAGCAACUGCGCAAUUGUCCCAGGCCAAGGAAAGCGAAUCUGAUCCUUUAUUGACUGUCGAAAAUGGAAGUGGUAUUUUAACAGAUGGCAGCGUUGCAAAAGUCCCAGGAUGGAAUUCAAACAAGGACUUGCUGGCAUAAAUUUUUUCUCAAUAUCUAUACAUUCACCUUGUUUAGAAUAUAUGGAUGAAAUAAGCGUUUCCAUAUUUUGAUUAUUUAGAUUAAACUUUUGUUGGGUAUUAUUAGAGUAAUAGGAUAUGCCUUUAAAUGUAGCAGUUUGUAAAAACUAGAGAUCGAAUUGAUAAUUCCUAUUGGUUACCAAAUGCUAAAUGAGAAUCCUUAAUAUACUUAUAUUUCUCGGAUUA